UCACUCCUACCGCAGCAGGAACUGGGGCACUGCGCAAGUGUGAGGGCAGGGCUUCCCGAGCGGUGCCCAGGCUUCGCGAGGCCUGCGGCUGCGUCCUGCCUGAGGGCGGCUCCGGCCGGGCGGUGGGUCUGGGUGCCCGGCGAGGGGCGGAGCUGGGCCAUGGCGUCUGCGGCGGCUCGCCGGCUGGCGUUGGCCCCCCUCCGAUCUGGGGCUCUCCGGAGCGGACCGAGUUUGAGGAAAGGCGGCGAUGCCUCUGCCGUACGGGGCGGCUCUGGUCGGAGCCUGGUACCUUCGAGGUCAGUCAUCGUUACCCGCAGCGGCGCCAUUUUGCCUAAGCCGGUGAAAAUGUCCUUUGGCCUGCUCCGCGUCUUCUCCAUCGUGAUCCCCUUUCUCUACGUCGGGACGCUCAUCAGCAAGAACUUCGCGGCUCUACUUGAGGAGCACGACAUUUUUGUCCCGGAGGAUGAUGAUGAUGAUGACUAACAGGGCACAGGAGCAGACAGAAGGCAGAAGGCGGCAGCUGAAGAAACGGGGACGCUGUCAGGGAAGCCCCGGCAUGGUGUGUGCCCACAGCCCACAGCCCAGACUCUGGGAGGCUCCCCGAGGUGCGCUGCCCACUGAGCCCCGGAGAAGCAAAUAUGAAUAAACACAGAAGCCACAGCUUAGGAUGACUGAGCCAUGGCUGAAGUUUCAACACGAA